UGCACAACUUAAGCACUCUGACCUUCUCGUCGCUAAACGAACCAUUUAAACUUUUGUUUGAGAUUUAAAGUCUCUACAACUGUCAAUUAUAGCUCAAGUAGGCGAUUUGAGCUUCUGGAAAAGUUGGACUCAUGCUCAUACACGCGCUGACUGAGGUGUAUUAUUGCUCGGAGAACGGUAAUUAACCGCUCGCUUGUCAGUCCUUCAGAAACGCACUUGAAGACAGCGCUGAGAGUAAAAGGUGCAUUUAAAACAACCGAUAACUUCUCAUUCAUGUGGAUAUAGAGCUCGGACCUUCCCGUUUUGGAUUCUGGAGAUGAUACUGUUGACUAUUUGAACUAGGCUAUGUGAAGCGAGCGUCGUUGUGGAGCACGUCAUUUUCGGUCAUUUUUGCGUGAGAUUCGCGGACUGUGGAAUCAAUGUGGUGUUCGCCGGAAAUACGUGUGGCCCGAAACUCACCUAAACGUUGACACGUCUUGGGAGUGAUGCACUGGCUUCCCCUGGUUGCCAUGGUGAUCGCCUCGGCCCUGCCUUUCCCUCAAAGUCCUGUGCCCAGGCUUGUUGCCGCGACGAUAGAGCCUGGCAGAAACAACAGCAACAGCAGCAUGCUGGUCAACUCAUCAAUGUACAACAACUCCCAUGAUGUUACUCCUCACAACAACAGUAGCAAUUUGAACUACAGCAGACAUGACAAAGCUCCUCAUAGAACAUUUGAUACACAUGAACAGAGUGAAGUAAUGAACAGCACAUUUACAUAUGAGGAGAACCAUAUAUCCAACAGUAGAGCAAACCAAGAAAACCUUUUAACAGAACACAUUUUUUUCAACACCACAAAAAAACAGGACCACACCGGUGGAGGUAGGACUACCAGAGUAGAUGCCUCCAGGUCAUAUGAACACAGGGAAUAUGAAUCGCAAAAAAAUUCGGCUGAAAAAGCCAGUCCAGAUGGUUUCCAAAGCAACAACAUUCUCAAAGACUAUAAACUUAGCCAUGAAGAAAGCACUAUUGGAGCAGAGGACUCUCUUAAAGAUGACAGGAACACAGGAAGUAAGCUGAAAGAUGAGGUUCUUGAUGGUUCUAAGAAGACAAAAAUCUCUCUGGAGAUGAUUCCAAUCCAGGAAGAUUCACAAUCGGAUGGUAGCAGCAAUGGAGGAACACUGGGGGAGCAAGAUGGAGGUAGCGCUGAGGUGAUGGCAAUGAACACACUAGAGGAAGUAAAACUUGGAGCUAAACUUGGCAUAGGGUUAGAUGACGUAGGCGUACGGGAAGAAGAUCAGAUGCUUUUACUGGACGCCCAUCCCCGGGUUCUCUUCUCCCCUGCCCUUUCCCCACCCAAACACCCACCUUUGCUCUUAAUGCUGGAGUUAGGCUUGCUGGCUGAUGAUUUAGAGGAAAACCACUUUAUGGACUUAACCCCAUCCAGAGAGGGAGGUGACCGAGAGUCAUACAGAAACUUACUGUUGGGUCUCUCUGACUCUGAUGGCCCCUCUUCAUCAUUCACAUCCUCCCACGACCCAAACACACUAGUCCGCCGCAAGCGGUAUAUCAGCCACAGCACACAAGGCCGUGAACGCUCAGUAUGUGAGGCCGAAAACAAGUGGGUGACGGAUAAGAAGACUGCAAUAGACCAGCUGAGAAAAACAGUCUCGGUGCUGCCAGAGAUACAGACCCAGACAGGCCCACUAAAGCAGUACUUUUUUGAAACGAGGUGCCGCAAGCCGUCUCAGCAGGGUACAGGAGAAGGGCAAGGGGUGGAGGGGGCCGGCUGCUUGGGGGUGGAUAAGAGACACUGGAUGAGCAAGUGUGAAACCAAGCAGUCGUAUGUGCGCGCGCUUACCUCAGAUGAGAAUAAGAGAGUAGGCUGGAGGUGGAUCCGUAUUGACUCGUCCUGUGUGUGUGUGCUGCUCACUAGAGGAACAUACAACACCGAGAGGGGAAGGGAGCGAGAAGGGAGAAGGUACAGAUAAUUUGGACUGUCUGUCUCUUUUCAUCCAGCGCACACAUUCCUCACAGUCUGCCCACAGUUUGUGAGGGGAAUUUAUUUUCUAGAUGUCCCUGCAUAUCACUCAAAAUCUCAUCACUGUACCCCAGUGUCCCGCUGAGGGAUAGUUCACACAAAAAUUUAAAUUCUGUCAUGUUUACUAGCCCUUAUGUUGCUUGAAUGCCAAUGAUUUCUUUUCUUCAGUGGUUCACAAAAGGAGACGUUUAGGAAGAUGGGAGGUGGAAUGGUGAUCCACACUGUCAAGCUCUAAAAAGGACAAAACAAUACCAUAAAAUUAAGCCAAACUUGUUUGCUAUAUUCCAAAUCUUCUAAAGUCUUAUGCUAAUUUAGGUUGUAAUUCAUGUAACAUUUUGCCUUGUGUCUUUAGCUCUCACCAUAGCUCAUUUUAAGUCCAAAAGAAAAAAGAAAUCAUAUGGGUUUGAAGUGACAAAAGGAGCCUGAUCUCAUGAAAAUAAUGAUUGUUGUGACAUUUUUGCAAUAUGAUAUUAUGUGUUUUAUUACAUGUAUAACCAAAUAGGUAUAGUUGCAGCCCAGAGACUUCCAAAUAGGGGUGGGAUCUCCAAAGAGGGUGGAGUUACUCCAUAUGGGGGCGAGGUUAAUCCAAAAAGGGAUAGUGCCAACUCCAAAAGGGGGCAUCACUUCCAGUCACGGUUAGAUUUAGGGAAAGGGUUAGGUUAGGGUCUCCCUAACCUCCCGGUUUGAAGCUCCCGCCCCUUUUUGGAGCUCUAUCGCCAGCUAUUUCCUUCUCCGUAUAAUGGCAGUUCUGAGGUGAAAUGCCCACUGUGUGGUGCUAAAAGAGAGCAAAGGUUAAUGCUCUAUCGGUUGCUGAAUCAAGAAAACCUACCUCCCUACCCUCAACCUUAAACCUAAAACUAACCAAUAAAAAGCAAAUGAUACAUGAAAAACGCAACUGCUAAAUCAACCACAUGAUUUUGUGGUGCUUCUACUACAUUGUUGACUCGCAUGCUCUUCAAGUGUAACAGGUGAGCUACCACGCAACUUCAUCGCAUUUGAACAAGUUUGUAAAUGUACUGUAGUUGGUUAUGUAAAGCAAAUAUUAUAAUGGAUCACAAGUCAUGCACUAAAGUGAUUUGAUGUCAUAAGAUAGCAUUGUGUAAGGAACAGUGCGAAAAGGACGUGUUUAUGAAAUGAUAUUCUGACAUUUUCCUCUUGAUUUGUGUGAGACUAAAAGUAAUUGUUUUAGUGCCUUAAGUGUUCAUUACACAAUAAGCCAUGUAAAAGUAAUUUUGCUAGAAUGUUGGCAUAAUAAUAUGAGACCAGGUAACAUUUUUGUGUGAACUAUACCUUUAAAAUUACCUUUCCACUCUGCUGUCAUCCAUCUGGUCUACUGUAUCCCUCCUUAGGCCAGUUUGUUAACUAUAUACUCACCCAAACAAGAAAACCUCAAUGAUUUUGGUCAGAUUGAAUUUUUGUUUUCUCAACAUUCUUUUCUGAUACUGUUUUACAGUACAUUUGUUUUAUUGUAUCUAUAGUAUAUAAACAAUAAGUUAUUACUUUUUAAGUAGUAUGUAAGCAUAAGUACUUGAUAUUAAUAUAUUUCUUUAUAAAUGCACAAUAUGUGAAACAUAUACAUCAAUGCAAGUACGCAUACCUGUAUAUGUGUAUUUAUAACAACAAAAAGUUAAGGACUUGUUAUUGGCCAGCAUAAUUUUUUAUUUGAGAUGAAGGCUUUCUCAGGAUGUGUGACCUUCAGUUGCCUGCCACAAAACAUGUGCCUCAUGGAUUUCAGAAUCGUUUAAUCUUGGAAUUAUUGUUCACCCAUGUACCAUUCACACUGACAACUGACAUUACAGAAAUAUACAAAAUGGGUGUUGGAUGAAAAGAAUGUCAGAAGACCUGUUUACUGACUGGAUUAAAAAAAGCAUGGAAUUCAGCUGUACGUGGGUUUGAUGUCAUUUUUCACAUUGAGUCCUUGUAAUAAAGUAUUACUUGUUAUCUUUGUAAGGUAGAUAGUUUUGUAUAUGAAAAUAAAUUUUUUAUUGUAGAUG